AGAGUGUUGUUAUCAAAAAUAUAUAUAUAAACCAAAACUUUUUGAUACUGAUAGUGAAUAUUAUAAUUAUUUGUUAAUAAAUAUUGCAAAACUUAAUUUACAAACAGAAAAUCGUAAUUAUGAAAGACUUAAAGAAAAGAUAAAAAAUACUUUUGAUUUAAAUUUAUUAAAAACAGGAGGUCAAAUUGAUAAUAAGAUAGAAAAUUCUUUAACAUUAACUACAACUCAGAAAGAUAAUUUGCAAAAAAAACGGCUUGAACAAAAACGAAUAGUUCAAAGAUACAACAAUCUACAAGAUAAUAUUAAUGAUAAAACUCAAAUUACUAUUGAUACAAUACUACCAAAUAAUUUAAAAGAACAACUUAAUAAUAUACAUAAAGAACAUUUAUCAUUAUUAUUAUAUAAUCAAAAAUAUAAUGAAUUUGUAAAACAAAUACGUAAUGAGACAGGUUUAGAAAAACUAAAAAAUGAAUGGAUUAGAAAAAUUAAUGAAUCAGAUUUUACAGAAGAUGAUAAACAAAGUCUUCAUAAAAUACAAGAAAAGCAAAUUCGAGAAUUAGAAAAAGAUCAGCCUGGAACUAAUGAUUAUCAACAUAUAAGAAGAGAACAUGUUCAAGAUUUAUCAAAUAAUAAAGAAGAUAAACAAUUACUUGCAGAAGAAGAAAAAUAUGAUUUGUUAAUUCAAACCUUAGAGCAAGAAUAUCUUGAGACUCCAUGUGAACAAAAUAAAUUACAAGAAUUGCAACAAGAAUUAUAUCUAAAAAGAAAUUUUAAAUUAAAUCAUAAAGAUAUUAGCACAUUCUCAGAAGCUUUUGAAUUAUUAUUAAAUAAUGUAAUAUUAAAAGAAAAUGUUUAUUGUUUACUUCAAGAGUUGUUAUUAGGAUAUUUAAAAGUAUUCCCACAUGAGAAUGAUGAUAAUAAAAAGACAUUAUUAGAAAAAAUCAAGGAUAAUCUUCAAGAAAAAGAAUAUUUAGAAAUGAUAGAUAAUAUUCUUAGCAAAUAUAAAAAACAUGAUCUUGAUGAAAAAGAAGAAGAAUAUCCAAAAAAACCUAAAAUAGAUGAUGAGAAUCUAUCUAAAGAAGAAGAAGAUUUAUCUAAAAAUAAUGAAAAAGAAAAUAAAUCAAAAAAUAAUUAA